AUGCAUCAGCUACCGGGACGGCGGGCUAUUGUGCGCCUGUUCAGCGCAAACGACAUUCGGACACUCUACCAAGAGGAAGGAAGGACACCGCGCCAUGUUGGAUCGCUGGCUCUUAAGCUUUACCACAAAAGCCGAAAGCCGCAGUUCUUUGCAAAUGACGGCCUACUGCACGCCCAAGGUGACGAGUGGCGGCGGAUCCGGUCGCAGACACACACCAGCGUUUCUGCACCACAUGUGUUGCAAAGAUACGCCGAUGGCAUUGCUCGCGUUGUCGACGACACAGUUUCUCUGAUUUCCUCGGUGCGGGAUGAAAAGGGAGAAGUGGAAGACUGCCACGUCCUCAUGAGAAGGUGGGCUUUAGAAUCAACAAUAUUUCUGACCGUUGACCACAGACUUGGAGUGUUGGAACAUAACCUCAACGCCCACUCGACGGCAGCCAAUAUUUUGAACCUUAUCGACGAAUCGUUCUCCAUACUGAAUACGCUGACUACAACGUUUCCUUAUUACCUCUACUUUCCAACUCCGAAGUGGAGACGGUUCGUCCGCGCUGCGGACGAAGUCAUGAGGUAG